AUGGCGUCUCAAAAUAACUCACACUAUUCACGACCUAGCUUGGUUACUUUAUCUUCGUAUCUUCUCAUACUUGUAUCUUUAGUAUUGCAAGCAGACUCGGCGUUCGCCUCAUUCGAUUUCAAUUCAACUUUCUCAGGAGUCAAUAUUACCAAUCCCAACUCGACGCUCAAUUGGACUUUUUACGAUAACAACGCGACGGUUGUGAAGCAUCUCCAUAUAAAGCAUUCGAAAUAUUCCACCCUCGUAACUGUGCUAUUGGCAGCGAUUUUUAUGAUAGUCAUAUUCGGAACAAUAGUUGGAAAUAUUUUGGUUUGUGUCGCAGUUUGUUUAGUGAGAAAACUGAGACGACCUAGUAAUUAUUUAAUCGUUUCGCUGGCAGUAAGCGAUCUGUGUGUUGCGAUUAUGGUGAUGCCAGUUGCGAUGGUGUAUGAUCUAAUGGGGUCAUGGCCUUUCGGACCUGUCAUAUGUGACUUCUGGGUGUCGAGUGACGUUUUAUCAUGUGCGGCGAGCAUAUUGAACUUAUGUAUGAUAUCCGUGGAUCGAUAUUAUGCAAUAACGAAGCCUUUAGAAUAUGGAGUUAAACGGACGCCGAGGAGAAUGCUUUUCUGCGUUUUUAUUGUUUGGAUGAGUGCUGCGUUUAUUUCCCUCCCACCAGUAUUAAUAUUAGGUAAUGAGAAAUCAGACACGUCAUGCUCAGUAUCACAGAAUCAGGGCUAUCAAAUUUAUGCAACCUUUGGUUCGUUUUAUUUACCCUUAACGGUUAUGGUUGUGGUAUACUACAAGAUUUUUAGUGCUGCGAGAAAGAUUGUAAAAGAUGAAAGAAGAGCACAAUCGCAUUUAGAAUCGCACUGCUAUUUGGAGAUAAAUGUAAAAAAUGGAGGUGCAGCCGAAGCUAAGCUUUUGGGAAAUCAGCCUGAGAACCCUACAAGGGGAUCCACUGCGAGUACGAAUACUACUUGCAGCGUCGAUAAAGCAGAAAACUCUAUAGGAAGAUGUUUUUCCGGGCGGAAAUCAAACGAAUCACAAUGCCCUAUGUUACAACCACCAAAGACUCCAACCAAACCGAUACACACGAUCAAUCGACCAGCCUCCCAAAAUUUAAACCCAGAUAGUAAUCUAAAAGAACGGCGAAGACCAUCUUCAGAUAAUCAAAAGCAAACUAGUAGAAUUCGCUCGUCAUUAUCUACUUUCGCACAAAAAAGUCACAUUGCCAAGGAUUUACUUCAUCCAGUAAACUCUCCACAUCAAAAAAAGCUCAGAUUUCAUCUAGCUAAGGAGCGGAAAGCAUCAACUACUCUUGGCAUAAUAAUGUCAGCGUUCAUUGUAUGUUGGCUGCCUUUCUUUGUGCUGGCCUUAAUUAGGCCGUUUGUCAACGAAGAUACAAUUCCUGACGCCGUCAGCGCUCUCUUUUUAUGGCUGGGGUACUUAAAUAGCCUUCUCAACCCAAUAAUUUACGCGACUCUGAACAGGGAUUUUAGGAAGCCGUUCCAAGAAAUUCUCUUUUUCCGAUGCUCAAAUUUAAAUCAUAUGAUGCGUGAGGAAUUCUACCACAGUCAAUAUGGGGGGCCAGAACCGCAUUAUUGUGUGAACAACUCGAAAAAUCAGAACUAUGACGAGGGUGUAGAGAUUGUAUCUGCCGUGGACCGAGAAGAAACGAGGGCGACUGAGAGCUUUCUAUGA